AUGGAAUCCUACUAUCCAGACCACGAUGGGACCGGUACCGAAGAACCCGAUCCCAAGCGGGAUAUCCCUCCACUACUGGUGCCUUGGAAUGUCCUGGACAUGUCCGACAUCGGCAGACUUUCCCCGUCUUCAGAAAGUCGAAACGACAAUAACAUUGACGACUUCUUCUCCGCAAAAUCGGUUAUAUCCACGAGCACUUUCUACACGGCCAACCAGCCGACGGGGGAGAAAAUUGGCAACCAUCCCUCCCGACUGCAAGAUGACCAUGAGUACUCUAGGAUUCUUCGGAGCAGGAGACUAUGGCCUGUAGAACCAAUGAUUGAACAAGACUGGUCGGGCCGAGGUCAACACGCUGAGUUCCAAAAGGAAGAACGACCUCUAGUCGAUGAAAUCCUAAAGACCGAGGAGCUUUUGGGGAGCACAAGCUCAGCGGUUGUGCAGAGUGUCAAGUGCAAGCGAAUCCUCCUGGCCCGGAAGACGAUCCGCUGCAACCGCCACUUAACGAAAGAGGAAGCAGUCGAUGAAGUGGCGCACCUCCAUCAGAUCAAUCACGCACAUGUGAUACGAGUCAUUGGAACCUAUAUCAUGGGUCAAGAUCUUUCCAUCCUCCUCUAUCCCGUGGCAGAAUACAACCUCGAGAGUUUCCUUGAGGAAUACACAACCCAAGAGUAUUGGCUCAUAUUCCUGCUGGGAAGGAGGCUUGAUUCCCUCCGUCGAUUCUUCCGCUGUCUGUCCAGUGCCAUGGAUUACAUUCAUAGCGCAAAGAUAAAACACAUGGAUAUCAAACCGAAGAACCUCCUAGUCCGACGAACGACGACUAAAACGACCCCUCUCGGCGUGGACGCGUCCGAUGGUUGGAGAAUCUACAUUGCAGAUUUCGGUAUUGCGAAAUCAUACACCACCAUUGAAGAAACGGAGACCGAUGGCCCCACCAGGUUCACUCGGAAAUACGCCGCUCCGGAAGUAGUUGAUCAAGCUAAACGAGGGCUCUCUGCCGACGUUUUUUCUAUGGGCUGUGUGUUUAUCGAGAUCCUGGCGACAAUAAUUGGCAUAAGGGAGUAUUUCAAUGCACUGGAUUCAGCGAAUACAGUACAGAUUGGGAGAGGGUGUGGCGAUCAUCUUUCCGCAUUGCGCAGGCUACUUGCGACGAACGACUUUGGAGACACUUCGUAUCAGGCAAAUCUGACGGCUGUUCGAAGCUUUUUGGACCAAUUGCAUUCUCUUAGCACCUUGGAGAGGAAUCCGCAGUUCAUCAGGUGGGUGUAUAGGGAUGGAAGCCAAAGUCUGUGGGGGCUUGCAGAUCUCACAGGGCAGAUGCUCGAUGUGGACCCUCUCCAGCGACCAUCAGCCGCGGACAUCGUUCUUCUCUUAGGUCGUCUUCCAUGUUGUACGGCCGGAUCCGACCAGCUUGAAGCUGUCAACCCUGCCGGCAAGUUCACCUCCCUCUCUGAAGAAGAAUAG